AUGCUGACGCAGAGGGCCAGGCAGAGGCCUCCCCCUCUGGAGCGACUGGAGUCGGUGAUGAGCCAGUUCUCCGACAGCCUGGAGCAGUACGACCUGCCCGACGACACAGACGACCUGGACGUGGCCUGCCACACCACUGACCACUGCGAUGGGAAGAGGACCGACUUUGGGAGUAUUCCCUUCCACACCAUAUACAACUUCCUGCCUUUCAAGUCCAUGGACAGCACUGUGUUUGUGGAGGAGGUGCCAGUACAUGUUAGAGUGACAGAGGUGGAGCGGUUCACCUGCACAACGGUGUUAAACCCCAACCUGUACACCAUUGAGCUGAGCCACGGGCAGUUUAGCUGGAAGAUCAAGCGGCGCUUCAAGCACUUCCAGGCCCUCCACCAGGAGCUGCUCAAGUUCAGGGCCCUGCUCAAGAUCCCCCUGCCCAGUCGCAUACACUCUGUGAAGCGGAGAUCGUAUAAAGGCCACAAGCGUUUCCAGGGAGGCCAUAUUCCCACACUGCCGAGGAGGCCCGAUGCCCUGGUCAAAGAGGAACAACUCGUCAGCAGAAAAAUGCAGCUAGAAGAAUAUCUGAGGAACAUAUUGAAAAGGUCCUUGUAUCGGAAUCACCCAGCAACACUUGAAUUCCUGGAAGUGAGUCAGAUCUCCUUCAUCCAAGACCUGGGGCCAAAGGGAAUCGAAGGGCUGAUCUUGAAGAAGUCGGGGGGAAACACUUUUCCCGUGUGCUAUUGGUGUGGCUCAAACAGCGUGUGUUAUCGCUGGUCCAAAAGAUGGCUGGUGGUAAAAGACUCCUUUCUUCUCUACAUGCGGCCCAAGGACGGCCAAGUGGGGACGGUGAUCCUCUACGAUAAGGGCUUCCACAUCAAAAUCGGCACCCACGAGACGGGAGUCAGGCACGGGGUAACCAUCGAGAACCUCUGCAGGGCGCUCACCAUCAAGUGCUCGACAUACAGGCAGGCCCGCUGGUGGGGUCACUCAAUUGACGAGUUUGCUCAGAGGUACGGGCAGGACUUCCUCAGGGAGAACCGGCACGGUUCCUUUGCCCCAGUCCGAGAGAACACAACAGCGCAGUGGUUCGUCAAUGCUGCCGGUUACUUCGACGCCAUAGCCGACGCCUUGGAAGGCGCUAAGGAGGAGAUAUUUAUCACUGCUUGGUGGUUGAGUCCAGAAAUAUUCCUGAAGAGGCCUGUGGUUGAUGGCAACACCUGGAGAUUAGACUGUGUGUUAAAAAGGAAAGCGGAACAAGGGGUGAACGUGUGUGUCCUGCUCUACAAGGAGGUGGAGGUCAUCCUCGGUCUGAACAGUGACUACACCAAGAAGACUCUCACUGGCCUCCACUCCAACAUCAGGGUCAUCCGGCACCCGGACCACGUGCCCUCGGCGGCCCUGCUGUGGGCCCACCACGAGAAGACGGUGGUGGUGGACCAGUCCCUGGCCUUCCUGGGGGGUAUCGACCUGGCCUACGGCCGCUGGGACGACUCCCAGCACCGGCUCACUGACGUGGGGAGCGUCAGGCGGAGUCCGCAGCCCAGCCCGGCUCUCUCCCCCACCAACACCAUCACUCGGCUCUCCACAGUGACCCUGGGGGAUGGGGACGAGGACAUGAGGUGCAGCCUGGUGGGGGACAUCCCAACGCCAGAACCCCGGCCAGGAGGAGAGGCAGCCGGGGACAUGGAAGCUGGAGGAGGUGGUGGGGGAGCAGGAGGAGAGCCCUUCUCUGGGGAUGGGUUAGGGGUCUACGUUGGUACUGGGCCUGGCAUGGGGGCCUGUGCUGGGGCUGUUGCGGCGGCCGAUAUGGGGGCAGGGGCCGGAGCUGGAGCCGGAGUGGGGGCCGCAGUAGGAGUGGAGGAGCUGAGUUUGAAAGUGCCCAGCGGGCGACUCCAGAGGGGCCCCUCAGAGGAGCGCAGCAGGGGGGGCCCCGAGGGACCAGACACCAGGGCGCUGGGUGCGAGGGCUGGUGCUGGUGUGAUGAGCAGGGCUGUGCCUCCGCGUGACUGGUACAGCAAGAGCCUGUCGCUUCGCUCCAGUGAGUCCGGAUCCUUCGGCCCCGGACUGGGCUUGCCACACUCCCUCCCCCUGCCCCAUGACACCAGUUCCAUGAGAAGCUACAUCAGCAAUAAUGAGCUAUAUGGAGAAACCAGAUUCUGGCACGGCAAGGACUACUGCAACUUUAUCCUCAAAGACUGGGUCAAGCUCAACAAACCCUUUGACGACUUCAUUGACAGGUACAAGACACCGCGGAUGCCGUGGCACGAUAUCGGAGUGGCGGUGCAUGGCAAAGCUGCGCGAGACGUCGCCCGGCAUUUCAUCCAGAGAUGGAAUUUCACCAAGUUGGUGAAGAAGCGUUCGGGUGCCACCUGCUACCCGUGCCUAAUGCCCAAGUCUCUGGCAGCGCCUGUGGAGCCACUCUCACCCCACAGGGGCCCACACUCACAGGCCAGUGUGCAGGUGUUGAGGUCUGUGUGUCAGUGGUCCAUUGGCACCAAAGUGCACGAGGAGUCCAUUCACCUGGCCUACGUCUCAGCCAUCCAGAACAGCAAGCACUUCAUCUACAUAGAAAACCAGUUCUUCAUCAGCUGUGCCGAUAAGAGCAUCCACAACAGCAUUGGAGACGCCCUCACUGAGAGGAUCCUCAGAGCAUACAGGGAGAGGCGGCGUUUCCGAGUGUACGUGGUGAUGCCGCUGCUGCCAGGCUUCGAGGGAGACAUCUCAUCAGGAGGAGGGCAGGCCAUCAAGACAAUCAUGUACUUUAAUUACAGGAGCAUGUGUCGCGGCGAACGCUCCAUCAUGGAGAGACUCAAGAGCGUGAUGUCUGACUGCUGGAUCAACUACAUCUCCUUCUGUGGGCUGCGUACCCAUGCUGACCUGGACGGCCGGCUGGUGACGGAGCUCAUCUAUGUGCACAGCAAGCUGAUGAUCGUGGACGACUGCACCACCAUCAUAGGCUCGGCCAACAUCAACGACCGCAGCCUUCUGGGGAAGCGUGACAGUGAGAUGGCGGUGGUGGUGGAGGACUCGGAGUUCCAGCCGUCCGUCAUGGAUGGAGAGCCGUACCAGGCUGGCAAGUUCGCCCUGUCCCUCCGAGAGGAGUGCUUCAGGCUGGUGUUGGGACUGCUAGGUGACUACAAUGUGGACAUCAGUGAUCCCGUAUGUGACCGCUUCUACAAGGAGAUAUGGAUGGUCACAGCAGCCAAGAAUGCAAGUGUUUAUGACAAGGUGUUCCGGUGCCUUCCCACUGAUGCGGUCCUGAGCUACCGCAUCCUGCGGGACUACAUGUCGCGCCCGUGCCUGGCCCACGAGGACCCGCUGCAGGCCUGCGACGAGCUGCGCAAGGUGCGCGGCUUCCUGGUACAGUUCCCCUUCUACUUCCUGUCCGACGAGAACCUCUUCCCUUCCAUCAACUCCAAAGAAGGCAUGAUGCCCAUCGAGCUCUGGACGUGAGGCA